AAACAGUCAGUCAGGCUAAGUCACAAACCGCACACUCCUGUACUACAGAAAUAGUGCGUAAACUCUAGGCACUACUUUGACAGGCUGCUUAGUAAGGGAGUAUGCGAAUUGGGACGCAGCCUUGGUGUCUUCCCCUCCCACCCCCCUGUUUCUCCCAUUCUGUUAGUUGCCUCCCUGGGAUGGAUGCUGGCUUUGUGCAUCUCUUAGUUUCAGAUCUAAUAAUAAUUUUUUUUAAAAAAUAUGCUUGUCGGAGAAAUACGACCACGUGGGAUUUUUUUUUUCUAAUGCAAAUUUAGGGAAUAACAAUUAGAGACAAGAACAAUUACAACAUGAAAUCUGCCAGUGGCUUUAAUUGGAGAAUGUGAAUGAGGUGGAUAUCUUAUCCCUGUUCAAAGCAUCAUCAAUUUGGACAUUCUGACCUCUUUCUCCAUAAAAAUGGACAACCACCAGACACUGACAGACUCAUUGCUUGGACCCCAGGAUAGAGCGCCAUCAGGCAGCCAGACUCCAGGCCCUGUUACAAUUCAGCCAACUGAGACAGCCUUCUCUGCACACAAAUCUGACUCAUUCCCCUGCCUGCAACCUCUCUCUUUGCACCAGCAAGCCCAGGGAGAGGUACAUGAGUCUGGAGAGGUCGUAGUAGUCGUCAAACAGAAGACUGCAAAUGGUCAUGGAGUCUACUCCUCUCCUUCAGAAGCGAAAACAUCAGUUCCCAGACUCUCCUCUCCACCUCGGCGUCAUCAUUCCAUGCCCCAUGCACACCCCCCUCACUUUGGACGCACGCGAAAGGGUAGCAGAUCCAGCUCCAUUGCUUACACAGCAUUCUCCCCACGGCCUUCAAUCUCCCGCCACUCCAGCUUGGCAACCAACCCACCGCUGGAUCGCUCCAAACCCAAAGAUUACCUCAUCCUGGCUAUUAUUGCCUGCUUCUGCCCCGUUUGGCCAAUUAACAUUGUGGGAUUUGUCUACUCUGUCAUGUCCCGCAACAGCUUGGAACAGGGGAAUAUUGAUGGAGCCAUACGGCUGGGCCGGGUAGCUAAGCUACUUUCCAUCGUGUCAAUUGUGGGUGGGGUUAUCAUCAUAGUGGCAUGUGCUGUCAAUUUAUCAAUUAAUGUGAAAUCCUGAGGUGAGCUUUAUCCUCUCAAAUUCAGCUUCGCAUCAGACUACUGACCAGAAGACCAUACCUCUCUCUGGCUAUCUAUCUGUUCCUGUGAUCACAGUUUUAGCUAGGUGGUUAAUAAGUAAGCUGACACCUUGUUCCUCUCUAGCACACUCUAAUUAAUAAUAAUAAUAAUAAUAAUAAUAAUAAUACGCUACACUGAACAUGAAACUCCGCCACAAGAAAUAGAGGAGAAAUGCAUGAAUGUUUGAAUCAGUGUUUGCUGCAGACCAUUUUAGCCAAAAGCACUUGAUGCUCGUGUUGAAAAUGAUGAAGCCCUAAUCCACACACAGUCCACAUUAUGAGAAUAUGGCUUGGUCAGGAUGCACGUUUCAGAUCAGCUGUGAGAAUCGCACUGCGUCAUGCAAAAUUUUAUGAGAAGCUUUUCAUGAGAAAAACGCACCGUAAGUCCUGAGACUUUCCCUUGUCAUGUGAAGAGGAGGAGAAAACACAUUGCACUUUUAGAGUGUAAAAUGAUAUGGCCACAUUGGCAGAUACUGAAACCAGAACUUAAUGUUUUAAUGUGAAAAAUGAAUUGCAUUGCUGGAGUAGAAGCAAAAAGAUGGCAGCUCCUUAAUUAAUACAUAAUUUAUGUAAUUGAAAAAUGUUUUUUAGUUUGUUUUACACAUGUUGAAAAAUAUAUGUUGUAAUUUUUUUAAACUUCUUUAAAUUAAAGUUUUGUUGUUUUUUUUUUUAUUUAACAUAUUUUAAUAAUGUUCACAAAUGACAUUUUGUUCACAAAUUGUAGUAAUGACUGAACAACUUGCCUGAAUUUACAGUAUGUUUUGUCAGGUUAUCUUAUAUUUUGCUUAUAUUUGUUUUUUAGCUUGAUCUGAUUAUCAUAAAUUAUCAUCUUUGUGAUCAUUUAAAACAAUAGUGUCAUAAAUAUGGCCCUUAAAAAUGCAAUAAUACAGUUACAAAAAUUCCACUUUUCUUGAUUUAUUACAAAAUGAAAUAUGUAGCCUGUUUGAUAAAAAAAAAAGGAUGCAAGUGCUUGAAGAAAAUUUGAAAUUUGGGAUGGUUUCAUAGGACACAAUGUCUCCUACAGGUGAAGCACUCAUUGUUGUAUAUUGACUUUAUAUGCUGUGAUUUUUUUUGUACUAAAAGGUAUUGUAGGAUUUACAUAUAAGCACUGUGUAACCUUUAAAUUCAAACUUUCAUCACUCGUGGACUAACAAUGAAACCUCGUGUUUCGUAUUAUGUAUUGCAUUAGCUAGUAAUUAUUAUCCCUUUCCAUACCUGCAGUGGGAAUGUUGGAUUCCUGAUGCAGAUAUAUUAGUGAUUUGGAUUUUCUUUUAAAUAUAUAUUGUGCUAUUUUUAAUUAUAAUGUUGUAAGUAGUUGUCAUUUUAUGAUUUUAUAAUAACAGUAUGAUAUGAAUAGUCACAAAGUUGAUGAAUAGGCUGAUUUCCACAGCUUCAUUUGUUUAACUUACAGUAAUUGUCUGCCCAUGUGGUAGAAUCUUUAUUUCAUUUUAUUUUAUUUUAUUUUAUUUUAAUUUACUUUAUUUUAUUUUAUUGAUUUUUGCAUUGUAUAAAACAAGCAUAUUACAAGCAUGGCACUUAGAUUUGCAUGGUGUUUUUUGUAAGUCCUGUAGCCUUCACAGUGUGUAUCUAAAGGGAAAAGAGAAAUAAACUGUUGUAAAUAUCUGUUA